CGGCCCUGCCCUCCCGGCGCACCAAGCCGGACACGCUAUUUAUACCCUCGCCCGCUCCUCUCCCCCCCCCGCGCGGCCGGUAUCGGCGGAGCAAUGCGCACACAAUACGAUUCCAGGAAUCCCUCGCUUCCUGGAACAGGCUAAAAGGGCAAACAAAGGAUUACCGAGCCAGGUUUUUUCCUCAGAGCCGCCUCGCUCCGCAGGCAGGGAAGGGCAGGAGCUGCCCCGCCGCUCCCAACCGCGGGCGUUGCUUAUCGGUGCUGUUUAUCGAUAUCCCAGAGCUCCCAACGUUGCCUAAACCACCGCUCUGAGGGAGGCUCGGCUCCUUUUUAAAUCCACGCGAUUUCCCUUUUUUUCCCUGGGUGUUAUUUUUUAAACUCUCUUCGCUGCCGUGUUCUGCCGAGCACAACGAGGACGCCUCGUUUUCCGCCGCGUUCCCUCGGAUCCCAGGCUCCCCGCCCAGCCUGGGUCGCCUCCUGCCCGCUUGCCCUCGGCCCCAAAGCCCGAGCUCUGCCGCCUCCUGUGCCCGCCCACCCCGAGCUGAGGCUGGGACAAGCCUGCUCCUUCUGGAAGCGAAGGACAAGGAGGCGAGAAGAGAGGAAGAGAAGAGGAGAGAGCGUUCCCCACCUUCUUGGAGACUUAAUGCUCCUCCCUUGGUCCAGGAGUGACAUGAUCCUCUGUGUUCAGGGACCUCAUCCUUUGCUGGCGGAGGAGAAGAUCAGGAGGCUGUCGCUAAGGGGCAUCGCGGCGGAUUUGUCAGAGCCCAUCAUGCAGCCGCUCCCAGUUGUGGCCUUCCAGGAGGAAUCUGCGCCUGCCUUUGCGGCACCGGUUCCAGACAGCAACCCCCCUCAGACACGAGACCCCGAGGAAGACCUUCUCUGCAUCGCAAAAACCUUCUCCUACCUGCGAGAAUCUGGUUGGUACUGGGGAUCUAUCACUGCCAGUGAGGCCAAGCAGCAUCUCCAAAAGAUGCCUGAAGGCACCUUCCUGGUACGGGACAGCACCCACCCCAGCUACCUGUUCACACUUUCUGUCAAGACAAACCGGGGUCCCACCAACGUGCGCAUCGAAUAUGCUGACAGCAGGUUCCGUCUGGACUCAAACUACUUGUCCAAACCUCGCAUCCUGGCUUUCCCAGAUGUAGUCAGUCUUAUCCAGCACUAUGUCACGUCCUGCACAACAGAAAGCAAGAACGAGGCUCCUUACCCGCCUCCAUCUCCUCUACCUCCCAUGCAAAAAGAGAUGGCAGCAGCUGCGGUCCACUUGAAACUCAUCCGGCCGCUCAGCCGCAAGGACAACAUCCCCAGCCUACAGCACCUCUGCCGGCUACGGAUCAACAAGUCCACAUCCGACGUGGACCAGCUCCCGCUACCUCGGCGGAUGGGGGACUACUUGAAGCAAUACCCUUUCCAGCUCUGAAGCGUGGCCGUUCUAUCUCAGGCGUGUCAGACAGGGACAGAAAUAGGAGAACUUUGUGCCUCUGUGGCACUGAAGCGCAGCAUCAGGUGGGCACAGCAAAGAUCAGCAGAGACUGCAUCCAUCUUUCCUCUCCCCUUCUCUCUAAAUCCAUUCCAGUGCCAGGGAGGAGUUGGUGGUUUCGGUGAACAAUGGGACGCAACCGGAGCUCUGAACCUCAGGCCGUGCCAACGGUGGCUGGGAGAAAGCACUGUAGGCGUGCGCACACUACUUGAAUUUCAGAGUUGCUGUGACACCCGAAAUGUUGACAUUGUUAUUUUCACUAUUUAUUUCCAUGGCAGUUUCUCUCCUCAUGGUAUUUUAAAAGCACCUUUUACUUUA